ACGAGGAGGGAGAAGAGGCCGGUGGGGGAGGGCAACGUCGAGGUGCGAGAGGCGGCCAGGGAGAAGAGGGCUCGGCAGACGACGAUCGACGAGAUGUACGACAAGGAGAAGUUGGCCGAGUUCCAUGACUCGUGGGUGCAGUGGAUCUACGCGAAGGGGUUGACAUUCAACGCCUUCCGAGGUCCGGAGUUCCAAACGGUUCGGCGGGCGGCAGAGAGAGUGCCGCGGACAGUUCAUUUCCGGUUUCCCUCGUACAGGGUCACAGCGGGCACCGGGAUCCCUUCAGAGAGGGGGAAGGUGGCGUUGAUGGUGAGCGAGGUGCGCUCUGCUUUCCGGCACACCGGUGCCACCAUCCUCUCGGACGGGAGGAAGUCGCGAAGCGGCAAGCCGCUCGUGAACUUCCUGGCAGGGGGUGCCGACGACGCCCUGCUGUACGCCACCGUCGCACGUGACGGGUCUGUCCGCGACACUGCGGAUAUCGAUGCAUUAGAGAGCAUGCUGCACGACGACGCGUGGGCUCGCAUCCCGUGGGAGCGCAAACUUGUCUCCCAGGCACACUGGGUUCAGCAGCAGAUCCGCGAUGACGAGUUCUGGCGAUGCGUUGACUGUGCCAUCCGUGUUAUGUCGCCCAUCCACCAGCUCUUGAGGAGGAUGGAUAGAGGGGGGAUGAUGAUGUCCAUCGUUUACGAGUGGAGUCAGCAUCUUCUGGAAUUGAUGAGGAGGGUGGAUGUGUCGGCGGACAUGGUCGAGCCGUGCGCGGAGACCGCGGGAGGGCAGGAGGACGACGAGGAGGACGUGGACCCCAAGGUGAGGCUAGCGCGACCUGCUGGCAGUUUUAGCGAGCACGACAUCGAGCACCAGGUCGUCGCUUUCCAUGCUUGUCGACCGUCCAGAGCCGACCCGGUACAGGACGUGUUCGGCAAGAGGGCGGUGGAGCUACGGUCGUGGCCGGAGCAGACGUCGGACGCUGAUGUGGACGGCGACACGUCGGACGACGAGUGAACGAACGAUGACGACGCUCCCGUCAGCGGCGACACGAGGACGGAGCGGGUCUAUUUCACGUACGGCGGAGGACCUGACGGCAUGACUCCACAGAUA